ACAAUUUCUUGAUUUUCGAUUAUAUUGUAAAUUUUUUAAAUAUUAUAUUUUUUCUUUUUUGUAUAAUUGCAAAAGUUUCCAUUUUCUUCCAGAUUGCGAUCAUCUAUUUUCAUCAUUUGCCCAAAUUUCCAAUUGCAGUUUAAAACCCUUUACUUCAAUUUUGCAGAUAAAAAACCCCCAGAAAUUCGCAACGUUAAUCUCUCUUUCUCUCUCUAUAUCCGAUUUUACCAACACAGAGAAAACCCUCAAAAUUGGCGCUCUCACCAAACACACACUCUAUCUAUUUCUUCGAUUAAUGAUUCUUACUGAUAAUUCCAAGCGACAUCGUAAAUUUUAUCCUAUAUAUUUGUUUGAAAUUUCUCGUUGAUUUCCAGAUUGAUUGGCAUCGAAUAUAACCCUUUUUUCGUGUUAGGGUUUUGUUGACAAUCCUCUUACCGAUCUUUAUGAUCGGAUUUUCUAUGUAUCAUUUGAGCUUCCCGACUAGUUUCUCUUCGUAGGGGUCCCUUUUUAGGGUUUGUGGAGAGACGAAUCCUUGUUGCUUUUGACAAAAAAUUUCUGCCAUUCAUUUCAAAUCAAAGUUCCCACCUUCAGUGUAUUAUCUCUUUAGGGUUACUCAUACACUUUAAGUGCUUAUAUGUGCAUAUGCAAUUACAUGUUUUUGUGAUUUGAAAACUACGUUAGGUUUUGCAAUCAAACCUCUUGAAAAAUUUGGGGGACAUUAACAAGUUUUGAACUUCGACUUGGGGGAUUGAAUCGCCUGGAAUUUUGGGUAGCAUAGAGUUAUCUUGCAUGGGCGACCAUGAGGAAUGGUCACAGCCCCGAGGCCCAAAUGGGCUAUUGCCCAAUGCAGGUCCGUUGCUAGAGAGUUUAGAUUCAGUUCGAUGGUUGAAAGCUGAGGAAAGAACUGCAGAACUUAUUUCCUGCAUUCAACCCAAUCAGCCAUCUGAAGAGCGAAGGAAUGCUGUCGCUGAUUAUGUACAAAGACUUAUUAUGAAGUGCUUCCCCUGCCAGGUUUUUACUUUUGGGUCUGUACCCCUUAAAACGUAUCUACCUGAUGGAGAUAUUGACUUAACAGCCUUCAGUAACAGUGCAAAUUUGAAAGACUCUUGGGCUAGUGAGGUUCGUGACAUGUUGGAGAUCGAGGAGAAAAAUGAGAAUGCAGAAUUUCAUGUGAAGGAGGUUCAAUACAUUCAAGCAGAAGUGAAGAUUAUAAAGUGCCUUGUUGAAAACAUUGUGGUAGAUAUAUCUUUUAAUCAGCUUGGAGGAUUGUGUACCCUUUGCUUUCUUGAGGAGGUUGACAAUCUGAUAAACCAGAACCAUUUGUUUAAGAGGAGCAUUAUACUGAUCAAAGCCUGGUGUUAUUAUGAGAGCCGCAUACUUGGUGCUCACCAUGGGCUCAUAUCAACUUAUGCCCUUGAGACUUUGGUUCUUUACAUAUUCCAUGUUUUCAACAAUUCUUUUGCUGGACCUCUUGAGGUACUUUACCGUUUUCUGGAGUUCUUUAGUAAUUUUGACUGGGAAAACUUUUGUGUUAGCCUGUGGGGUCCUGUGCCGAUAAGCUCACUUCCAGAUGUGACUGCUGAGCCACCUCGUAAGGACAGUGGAGAAUUGCUGUUGAACAAAGUAUUUCUUGAUGCUUGUAGCUCUGUGUAUGCUGUUUUUCCUGGUGGUCAGGACAACCAAGGCCAAACUUUUGUUUCCAAACAUUUUAAUGUUAUUGAUCCAUUGCGUGUUAGCAAUAAUCUUGGACGCAGUGUCAGUAAAGGUAAUUUCUUCAGAAUACGCAGUGCUUUUGCUUUUGGGGCUAAAAGGCUGGCAAGAUUACUAGAUUGCCCUCAGGAAAAUCUAGUUGCUGAGGUAAAUCAGUUUUUUACCAAUACAUGGGAACGACAUGGCAGUGGCAUUCGUCCUGAUGCACCUGGUUGUUUGACUUCAGUAUCUGAAAGUCAACCUCUCACUGAUAUUUCAAAGAUCAAUUCCACUGGAAAAAAAUUCAAAAACUCUGUUGGUCGUGAGAGUGAGGGAGAAGACACCCGUUCCCGCAAUUCAUCUCGUCAGUCGGAAAGUGGAAAACCCCAAACUACCCCUGAUGUUACUGCAGCUCCUCGUGCCCAAAAGGGUCAUGGAAACUUAAACAGAGGACAGAAGAAUUUGAUAUCUGGUCAACUGGUCAAUGACAUUCAAAGGUCUCCUUUUGCUAGAACAAGAUCCAGUCCUGAAUUAACAGAUACAUACAAUGAUGUUUCUUCUCAAGGUAGGGUUAACAGAGCACCCGAAAGUGCAAAUCCCCAAACUGCCCCCGACACACAGGGGGUAUCAAUAUCAAAUAGCAGCUAUCGUAACAGGAGGAAAAACAUUGAUGCUUCUGUUGAUUCAAAUAAUGGUUCAAGUUUGUAUCAGCAUGAUUCAAGCUUAGGCUUACCUUCAAUGAGUGAACAAAUGCAUCAAGAAGAACAAGAUCUUGUGAACAUGAUGGCAUCUUCUGGACUUCAUGGAUUCAAUGGUCAAGUUCAUAUGCCAAUGAAUCAAUUACCAUUUCCAUUCUCCCCAUCUUUUCUAGCAGGAAUGGGAUACGCACAAAGGAAUUUCACAAACUUUCCAAUGAUUGAUCCUGCAUAUGCGGGAAUGCAGUUUCCCCAUGGCCUCGUCUCACCUCAACUAAACCAUUUCUUUUCCGGAAUCGGAAUGACGAAUUCCGAAGAUCCAAUGGAACCUGUGAAUGAUAAUUUUAACUCUCUGGAAAUCAACUCUAUUGAUCAUGAACAUGAUUCCUGGCAGGGACAAGAUGGGAAUUCUGAAAUUGUUCCAAUAGAUGAUAAGCGACAGUCAACCUCAUCAGGGUUAAGUUAUGUUCCUCCGCCUCGGCGUGUAGGUGGAUCCGGUGGGUUAACGAAAAGCCAACAGAAGUAUAACAAAGAAAAACGUGGGCCCAUGAGGGACAACAAUGAUCAUUCACAUUCACAUUUACAUUCGGAUCAUUUAGAGAAUAGAGUAGUAAAUGAUGAUGAAAGAACUACAAGUUCCAGAUUCUCAUCUGCUGCUCACAGUAAUUCAUUAAAAAGUAAAACUUCAUCAGAAAGUUCAUGGGAUGAGAGCUCAACAGUCUCCAAAAAGGAAAAACGUGGGAAAAAGGUAAUUGUCUCUGCUGAGUCAUCGAGUGGAUAUGUAAAAGGGAAGACCAUGUUUGAGUCCACGUCAGCAUCAGCACACCAGUCCGAGGACGAUGACAUGGACUCUGAGGCGACAGAUAGACCUCAGUCUGUUUCUUCUUCGAUGCAUGCUCCAAGAUACGAACUGGCUCAAACAAGUGGAAAUGACUCAAUCGUCCCUAUAGCACCAAUGAUUCUAGGCCAUAACAGACAAAGAAUGAUGGAUAAUUCCGGAGCAAUGCCCUUGACAUUUUACCCCACGGGUCCACCCGUUCCCUUCCUGACAAUGCUUCCAUUCUACAAUGUCCCAUCACAACCCAGCCCAUCUGAUCCAUCCACCAGUCAUUUCAGUGAUGAUGUCAGCAUUGAGAAUGGUGACAUCAUCCACAACCAAUCAGAGGAAUUCAAUCCGGAUGCUUUGAGAGGAGCAGCUCCUGGUGAAACACCAUCUGAUAUCCUCAACAGUGACUUUGCCAGCCAUUGGCAGAAUCUACAAUUCGGUCGGUAUUGUCAAAGUCCACGUCAGCAUGGGCCCACCGUAUACCCUUCUCCUGUCAUGGUCCCACCGGUCUACUUACAGGGGCGGGUUCCAUGGGACGGCCCGGGAAGACCGUUACCAAAUAUGAAUAUAGUGACUCAGCUCAUGAACUACGGGCCCCGCAUUGUCCCGGUUGCAGCUCCACCACCGGUCCAAUCCGUUUCCAGACCGCCAAAUGUUUACCAACAACGUGAAGAUCUUCCAAGAUACCGUAGUGGGACCGGGACUUAUCUUCCAAAUCCCGUGUCUGUAAGGGAGAGACAUAAUUCAGGGUCAAGAAGAGGGAACUACAACCAUGAUAGAAGUGAGAAUCACAAUGAAGGUAGCUGGAAUGGGAAUUCGAAAUCAAGAGGCUCAAACCGGAAUCAUAAUCGUAACCAAAUGGAUAAAUCAAACUCGUUUAGGGCAGAAAGGACUGUGAAUUCAUCAUAUAGACAUGAUUCAUUUGCUACAUAUCAGACCCAAAAUGGUCCUUUACAUGGGAAUUCAAGUCAUGGGAUUGGGAUGUAUCAAAACCCAUCUGCCAAUGGGUCAAGUGUUCCUUCAAUGGUGAUGGUGUAUUCGUAUGACAAUAAUAAUACGGGUUAUGGUUCACAUAGUGAACAGCUUGAAUUUGGGUCGAUAGGUCCGGUUGGGUUUUCUGGUGUGAAUGAGCAGCAAUCACAGGCACAGAUAAAUGAGGGAGGUCGAGAAAGAAGAGGGGCAUUUGAGGAAAAUCGCUUAUAUGGGGCUUCUCUACAACAACAACAACGGCCUUCACCAGAUCGGCCUUCCUCGCCACAUCAUCAAAGGAGGGUUUGAUUCUGUUCAUCUGCCACAUAACUUGCUUGCCAUAUGCCAAAGGUGAUCAUCAAGAUUCCAUUUUGGGGCUUUACAAGAACAAAAUACACACAGAAAGUCUUCAUGGUCAAAGGUAACAAACCGUUUCAAGUAUUCUAAAAAAGUAGAUUGCCAUAACGGGCUUGUGUGUAAGCUCUGCCAAAGUUGGGGGGUAUGUUGUUGGGAAGAUUUUAUUUUUCCAUUUUGUUUUCUUUACUUUUUUAUUUUGCAUCAUCGCCUUGUAGGGGCUGAUGAUGAUAUGUACUUUUAUUUCAGUAUAAAACUCUUUUCUUGAGAUGUAGAAUAUUUUUAGGCUUAUCCAUGACCCUGGUAUACGUUGUGUUGCUGGGGUUUUGACUGAUGAUGAUGAUGAUGAUGAUAUUGGUUAGCAUUUGUAGUACCACAAAGACACAAGUAUGUACUAACUUCUUUUCACCCUCUUGUGACAAUGUUCAGUGUAUCAUUUAUAAUAGAAGAAUCAAAUGAAGAAGUUGUAGCUUACCCUUGAAUA